UGAAAGAACUUUAAAUCAACUUGACGGUUGCGAAUCGUUUGGCAUUAUCUUUAGUUUUAUGAUACAUCUGCAUGCAUGCCUGCACGUGCAUAAAGCCGUAUUCGUUGAAUCGUGUCACACGUAAUGAAAUUAAAAAAAAAAUACAUGGAAAUCGAAACAAAUCGGGACUUCCUGGUUUAAAAAAGUACGACUGAAAGAAACCCACCAAGACUAUUUUUUUUUUAGUUACACAUGGAAUAGUUAACGGACAAUGUGUUCUCUAAGAAAUUGUGCCAAGGUUUAGCGGACUAUCGAUUUUUAGGACAAAGAUGUCCUACGUUAAAACCGUGUAUUGGUCCAUUCUAUUGCUGACUUUCUAUGAUGCAGGUGCACAACUACUGCAUUUCUGUGAAACUAAUGAAAAAGAUCCGUGCGAAGUUGCCAACGAAACGGUGCCCUUUGAACCGGAAGCGCGGUACGUUAACUGUGAUCAACCCAGUGGUACCCAGUAUUGUGACCGUUAUAUAGUCCCUGGAUGGUACCGAUACAGUGAGAGGAUGUGGGAUCAGUGCCCAAGUCUUGGAAAAUGUGGAGCAGUCUAUCCAUACUGGCUUAAUGGUACUCACCCUACAGAAGUUAAUUUAGAGGUACAGAGAUCUGUGUGUAAGGUCGGCUUCUCCAGUUGUUGUGAACGUCAAGUGACGAUAAAAAUACGAAACUGCGGACAGUUCAUGGCAUACUGUCUUCCCGCUCUUGACUCAUGUCCAGAACGCUACUGUUUUGGUGAAUCUGGCCCAUGUACAUCGACAACAUCUCAAACAACGACAAACAUAUUCACCACAGUCAACAACACACCCGUUGCCACAACGGCUUCAACGGCCACAACAAAAGGAAAUUCACCGCAACCAAUAACAACCACAAACAUAUUCACCACAUUUAACAUCACAACCGUUGCCACAACGGCUUCAACGGCCACAACAAAAGGAAACUUACCGCAACCAAUAACAACGACAAACAUAUUCACCACAUUUAACAACACAUAUUUACCGCAACCAAUAAGAACGACAACUUACCCGAGAACAACCAAAAAUGCAGAAACAGUGACGGAUACCGGUUAUUCAUCACCAGCUACCACAAAAUCUACAACACAACUUGUACAAACAGUCGAAGCCGCAACAAAUGAUGGGUCGUCUUCUUCCACGACGGUCAUUGUUAUGGGCGCUGUGAUCGGAAUCCUUCUUAUUUCAAUUAUAGUUUUUGGCUCUGUUGUGGUUUUCCGAAAACGUUACAGAAAUAAAGACACUGAUGGCAAUACAUAUGAAGAACCUUUUACAACACACCAGGAGAAUGCAUAUGAAACGUCAGCAAAUGUUUAUACAAACGAGGAAGGGGGAUACGAACAACUUCCGGUUGACCAAAAUACAAAGUGCGGAUAUUCGGUUCAAUCUGACGAUCCAUAUGAUAGUAUAGACGAUCGAAUUCGAAGCGGAUUUUCAGAUGUUGCAUCCAUCAGGAUCAAUAUGAACGAGUCUUCUAACAACAGUAUGCCAGAAUUCCAGACAUUGGUUCACUCGGAGAGAGUUGCCAGACUACCCUUUGGAAUCCUCCUCCUCGUGUUCUACGCGAUAGGGAUCAUAGGAAACAGUCACGUGAUCCACAUUUUUCGUAAUUUACCAAGAAGGAAGACGCCAUCAGAGGCCAUUAUUCUGGCCCUGGCGAUGUUUGACAUCGCCACAAAUUUAGUGUUCAUCUUCAAAGAGUAUAAUAGAAUGAGGUUUGUUCUAGUCGAUAACAACGAAUUUAUUUGCAAACUGUCGAAUUUUAGCGGGUUUUCGGCAGGUCUGGCGUCUGCUUUCUUCGUUCUUGUUUUGGCACUGUACAGGUACCGUCGCCUGUUCACUCCAAACACCAAGGAGACAACCGUUCUGUUCACUGUCAUAAAAUUGCUAGUUUGUUCACUUUUGGCAGCUAUUCUUAGCAUCCCUGUGCUGUUUGUUAUUGGACAUCAGAACUUCCAUAUUGGCGCCUUCACGGUCAAGCGGUGUUGGGUGGACGAAGAACAAGUAUAUGAGGAGUUACCAACGAUUUACUUUAUCCUCUUACUUUGUCUUUCUCUUUUUGUUUCCGGUAUUUCAGGAUUUUGUAACAUUCGAAUCAUAUUUGCUUUGAGGAGCUCAAAAAUUAAUCUUGCGAAGAAAGGGAAUGCAGCUGACAAGACAACUGCGCAUAUUGGGUUGAAUGCUGAAACUGUUAUUGAGCAAACCGACUUUAUUUCUCGUUUAGAAGCUACACAGAUAGCCCCAAGUAAAUCACCAAAGCCUAACGAUUCUUGCAAAACACGACCAGUUUUCGAGAAUAAGCCACGACAUUCAGAUGGCGAUUGCGCAAAACAACAAUCUACUGCAAAGGAACAACCACAUUCGGACGAUGAAUGCGCGAAACAACAAGCUACCCUGAAUGAACCACCUAAUUCGGAUGGAGGUGCAAAACAACAAGCUUCCUCAAAUAAAGCUCCAAAUAAGGGUGACGAUAAUGCAAAACAACAAGCUACCUCAAAUGAAGCUGCAAAUAAGGGGGACGAUGCAAAACAACAAGUUGACUCAAACGAAGCACCGGAUAUUGGUAAUGAUAACGCAAAACAACAACCUGCCUCAUUGGUACAACAACCAAACACCAAUAGUGACGCAAAACAACAACCUACCUUAAAUGACCUAAAACAGCAAAAUACAAAUGAGGAAUGUGCUAAACAACAAGCCAUACAAAUUAAACCAACGAAUAGGUCUCAUAUUGAUGCAACAAUUUUGGACAAUCAAAACAACAAGGAUCCAGCUUUUAAGCAAAAAGAUGGUUCUCCGUACGGAGAGGAACAGGGAAAUGAAAACAAUGACCAGAUGUCUUAUACGAAGAAUGGAAAGAAAAACGAAGAGGUAGAACUUCAGAAGAGCAUCACUUUCACCGUUACAAUAUUGAUUAUUAGCUGUACUAUCUUGCUGAGCUACAUGCUCUUUCUUGGCUUGUAUCUGUUCGUCAUUCUGAAAAGGAAGGAACCCAGCUUUGCAUUUGUUUCUAUUCAGGAAGACACGUUCUAUUCUUACGCGACGGAUAUUGUAUCUCUGAAUGCAGUCGUCAAUCCUUUCGUUUAUUUCUUCAGUGAUCCCACAUACAGGAAAUAUGUCAAAUCUCUCUAUAUACGAAAAAGAAAACGGUUCGAAGGAUCGUUUCGAUUGAUCAGUUACUGAGUAAGAGAAAGUUAGAGCUCUCUCAAAAUUUCAAAAGCUAGGAGUACGAGCAGGAUUUUUAUUAAUACUACCUCCUAUUUUACAAAUAUUGUUUUUUACUUACAUUGUAAUAUCAAUUAAACAAUUGACACUCCAGCCCCCCCCCCCCCUUCCAUAAACACACACACACCUAUAAAAAAAAUCAAAGUACUGAAAGUACUGAAAAGCGCUAACCUAGCUUGGUUCUAAGAAAAUUUACUGUGUGCAAGCGUAGGCGGAAAUGAGCCUUAUUGAAAUUUUGGUUUAUGUUUAAUGAAUAUCAAUUUAAAGUAUCGAAGGCCAGAUUUCUUUAAAUAUGUGUUACUUUCUGAAGAUGAUGUGAAUUAAAGCUGAACACGACUUGUAUAUGGAUACUUGCCUGAAAAUGAUAUGUUAAAAUCACAAAUUAUACCUUUUGAACAGUAAUUUAUCACAGAUUUUGACAUUUUCUUGCAAAGAAAAGAUUUUAUUUUUCUAUAUUUUAGCUUCUGAAUACGCAUUAUAUUUUUUCAUCACUGCGUAGCAUCCCGUGCUGAUGUACGUAAGCCCCGCAGACCAAUCAUAUCUACUCGGCCAUUUCCGUCACCCAGAUAACUGGUUCCCUAUACCUCUUACCAGUUUAAAUGAUGUAUAUUUCUGCUCAUAGAGGGCAGUUAUUCCUUGCACCGGAAAUAGAAGUCUAACGACAAUAAAGCGCUGAGCUAUGCUUAGCGCUUUAAAAAGAAGAAAUCGUAGCCUCCACUGAUGUUGUACACAACUCUUGUAUUUUUCUUUUUUUACGUAUGCCUCAUCACAUUACCGAAUUAGUUUUCAUAGUACCUAGUAUUUGAAAAUGUCCACGCCUUUUAGUUAAUUGAUUGACGAUUCAUAUUUGACUGACUAAUUAUUCAUUACAUUUAUUGUAACCAAUGUUUUACACCGCUGUUCGUGUUUAAAAUGUGUAUACAUGUAUUACUAGAGUUUUGAAACCAAUUAAUUGUAUAAUUCACUCAUUUGUUGUUGUUUUUUA